AGGCACUCCCAAGGAAGACCGAAAGCCUUACCAAUUUCGAGCUGCUCUUCAACGACUCCAGGAUCGUUUCAAGGCUCUUCCAGAGAUCCAGGAACGAUUAGAAGAAUUAGAUGAAGACGAGGUACAAAAGCGAUUUGAAUUGGAGGAUUCUUUCGAUGCUGCUGUUGGAGAUGCUCUAGAACUCCUCGACCAGCACGAGCUGCAGAGAUCCAGAGAAUCAUCAAUAUCACAUUCUCCAGCGCCAGCUACGCCACCAACAGUCGUCAACAACCUACCUCGUCGACCUCGUCUACCAGAGAUCAAGGUCCCUGACUUCGAUGGAGCAAUUGAAGAAUUCCCGACAUUCUGGGAUGCAUACACAAGCGUCAUCCACGACAACACAGAUUUGGAAGUCGUCCAGAAGUUCCAGUAUCUACGAGGAUUGCUCAAGGGAAGAGCGGCUGCUGUAAUUAGUUCCUUAGCCACAACAGAGGAAAAUUACACAACUGCAAUCGACAUCCUCAAAAAGAAAUACGAUUGUAAAAAGAAGAUUCUUCGAAGACAUUGGGCUAUCUUAAGAGACUAUCCACCACUGCAACGAGACUCUCCAACAGAGUUAGGAAAACUUGCUGAUGUGAUGAAUCAACACAUCCAAGCAUUGGAAACACUUGGGCAAAAGGUUACGAGCUGGGAUCUCCCUCUCACUGAUCUUAUCACUCAGAAGCUAGCACAGGAGACCAUUUG